UCAAGUCAAUUUGUCAGUCAAAAAUCAGCCGAAAGAAAUAACUUUUUGAUCUUCAUGAUAGUUUUGUUUUAAAUACUAUUAAAAAAUUAAAAAUAAUUUGUACCUAUAAAUUCUUCAAAGCUUUUUAAUAUUUAGUGCUUGAACUAUUUGUUGGUUAUAAUGUCUCAUGUAUCAGAUAUGAAAGUCCUAUUUUCUAGGUUGUGUUCUGUAAAAAAUGGACUGCCAACAUUCAAAUAUGGAUCAAGGAGCUUUAGUCAGAAUAUUGAUAGACCUCAAGAGCCAUUACCAAAAGAAAGUGUUUCACCAUUACCACCACUAUCAGAGCCAAUGCAAAACCUACCACCGGUUGCAUAUGCAUCCAGUAAAUCAGAAAACUAUGCUACUGAAGUGACAAUACUUAAAAAUGGUCUUAGAGUUGCAUCAGAGAAGAAAUUUGGCCAGUUUUGUACUGCGGGUGUGGUUGUGGACUCUGGCCCAAGAUAUGAAGUGGCCUAUCCAAAUGGUAUUUGUCAUUUUCUUGAGAAGUUAAGUUUUGGUGCAACGCACAAAUUUCCAACCCGAGAUGUAAUGCUGCGUGAAUUGGAAAGACAUGGAGGUAUAUGUGACUGUCAAGGCUCGAGGGAUACCACAGUGUAUGCAACUAGCGCAGAUUCCAGAGGUCUGGAAGCUGUCACCCAAGUGUUAGCAGAAGUGACCCUGAGGCCUCAGCUCUCUACAGAUGAAAUUGAAUCAGCUCGUCAAGCUGUUGCAUUUGAACUUGAAACUAUUUCCAUGAGACCUGAACAGGAGACUAUAUUAAUGGACAUGAUACAUUCGGCUGCAUACAAAGGAAAUACUCUAGGUUUGCCAAAAAUCUGUCCCACAGAGAAUGUAUACAAAAUAGACAGAGGAGUGAUUAUCAACUAUUUGAGGAACCAUUACACUCCAGACCGAAUGGUUGUUGCAGCUGUAGGGGUGGAGCACAAACCUUUUGUAGAGUAUGUCCAGAAAUACUUUGUAGACAUGAAACCCACCUGGUAUGAGGACACUGAGGCAUUCACACCUGUCACUGAUAAAUCCAUAGCACAGUACACUGGUGGAAUUGAACAGGAAGAAUGUGAGAUACCACUUUACCCAGGAUCUGAUCUACCUGAAUUAUCACACGUAGUUAUAGGAUUAGAAAGCUGUUCGCACGGUGACCCGGAUUUCGUGGCGACGUGCGUGCUCAACAUGAUGAUGGGCGGCGGCGGCUCCUUCUCCGCCGGCGGGCCGGGCAAGGGCAUGUACACGCGGCUCUACACCAAUGUGCUGAACAGAUACCACUGGAUGUUCAACGCGACGGCGUACAACCACGCGUACGGCGACACGGGGCUGUUCUGCGUGCACUCGGCGGCGCCGCCCGCGCGCCUGCACGACACCGCGCUGGUCAUCGCGCGCGAGCUCGCCAACAUGGCCGGCAGCGUGGGCGACACGGAGCUGAGGAGAGCAAAGACUCAGCUGCAGUCAAUGUUGUUGAUGAAUCUAGAGGCGAGGCCCGUCGUGUUCGAAGACGUCGGACGACAGGUUUUGGCGACCGGCAAAAGGAAGUCACCGUCUUUCUUUAUUAAAGAAAUAGAAAAAGUGACCGCCGACGACAUAAUCCGUGUAGCGCGUCGCAUGCUCAGCAAGAAGCCGUCAGUGGCAGCGCGCGGGAAGCUGACGCAUCUCCCCAGCUUCGAGGACAUCCAGGCGAAUAUGUCACUUACUUCCAGUGAAUCUUCGCCGCAGGGCAGGCGGUUAAAUCUCUUUAGAGUUUAGUUAUAUAUAGAGAUAAUGUUAAACCGCUAAUACACUACUUCAACGCUUCAACAAAAUCACGAAGUGAGCAGAGUGGUGUAGUGAGGCGUUUCGUGUUCGUACAUUAGAUUGGGUCGAUGACGAAGACCUCGGAUCGUUUUGUCAAACAAGUCAAAACCGACACAGAGGGCCUAGUGGCAGUUUGAUACUGUUACUGUCACGUAACGUAAACGCGAAUUUCUAAUGAAUUGAAAAAGCGCCAUCUAGUGGCACUAUUGCACAACUGUUUCAAUUCCAUAUAAAUUUGCGUUUACGUCAACGUGCUAGUAACAAUAUAAAAUAUUGAAAACUCCCACUAGGGACACUGAUGUCGAUGGCAGUUACGAGGCGAGGCGAGGUUGCAUAAAACGAAGCGAAAAGAGAAUGCCCAUCCCUGACACUGGCCUUGGCCUACCUUUUCCACCCCUAAAUUUACUCUAAAAAAAUCUUGAUAAUUCUACUUUAAUAAUGAAAUAAUUACUUUAUCAAAAAGUGUUUUGCUACGUUUUACGUUUUGACGGCCUCCGUGGCGCAAUGGUAUGCACGGUGGAAUUACAAAACGGAGGUCCUGGGUUCGAUCCCCGGUUAGGCCGAUUGAGAUUUUCUUAAUUGGUCCAGGUCUGGCUGGUGGGCCGCUUCGGCCGUUACCACCCUACCGUCGAAGGCAUACCGCCAAGCGAUUUAGCGUUCCGGUACGAUGUCGUGUAGAAACCGUCAUUCUCCUCCUAACAGGUUAGACCGCUUCCAUCUUUGACUGCAUCAUCACUUACCAUCAGGUGAGAUUGUAGUCAAGGGCUAACUUGUAAAGAAUAAAAAAAAAGACAUAUUUAAUUUGUCCACAAGCAAAGAUCGUUGACCAUACAGCCUGAAUUUUAUGAUUUUUUUUGUAGACUGACGAUUGGUUUGUUUGUUAAGCUUGUUGUUAACAAAAAAAUAUGGGCAUUUCACUUUAUGUCUACACUAUUGUAUUCGAUUAACAUCGCGUGUAGUGUAUUAGGCGUGUAAUGUUUAUGUUUAUUAUGAAGGUAUUAAAUAAAAUUUAUUUUAGUUCCAAUUUUC